AUGGGUCCACCUCCUCUAAGCGAUGAUCGAUCGGAAAUCGUAUUCUUCGACGUAGAAACCACCGUGCCGACCCGACCCGGUCAGGGUUUUGCCAUUUUAGAAUUCGGAGCGAUUCUGGUAUGUCCACGGAAACUCACAGAGCUUCGAAACUACUCCACUCUGGUCAGACCGGCGGACCUUUCACUCAUCACUCCUUUUUCGGAGCGAUGUAACGGAAUCAACGCGGAAGCUGUUUCGUCUGCUCCUACAUUCGCCGACAUCGCUCAUGCUGUAUAUGAUCUUCUUCACGGGAGGAUUUGGGCGGGGCAUAAUAUCAUAAGAUUUGAUUGUGUUAGGGUUAAAGAUGCUUUUGCUGCUAUUAAUCAAACACCGCCUGAACCAAAAGGCACUAUUGAUUCUUUGGUUUUGUUGACUCAGAAGUUUGGAAGAAGAGCGGGUAACAUGAAGAUGGCUACUCUUGCUACCUAUUUUGGUCUUGGGCAGCAGACACACAGGAGCUUAGGUGAUGUUCGGAUGAAUCUCGAAGUUCUCAAAUACUGUGCAACAGUUCUGUUCUUGGAGUCAAGUCUCCCAGAUGUAUUCACCGAAAAUAGUUGGGUUUCACCAAAUGCUGUUACAAGAAGUCGCAGUAGUGAGAAAUCUCGGUCAGAAGGGGGUUUGUUAAAUAUGAAUAAGGAUUCUGUGUUGGUAUCAUCUCCUGAAACUGCAGAUAAAAAUCAUCCAAUCCUUUCUCUUGCAACAAGCAGCACAAAUGUGGAUGUCCCAAAUGUUGGAGAUUCUUUUAGCUUUCGUGAUCUUCAGGAUGAAAUUAAUAGGGAAUCCGUUAGGGCAGAUGUUGCGAUGGAUGAAAAAUCCGUACAAUCACCUGAUUCUGCAGCCACAUUUUCUGUGCUUCAGACUAGCAGCAGCUCUAUUGUUGUUUUGGAGCCCGAAAAAAUAUCUAUUUCUUCUAUUGAUGUGUCCCUUGUUCCAUCUUAUCGUGGCAGUCAAAGGAUAGAAUUACUUCAUGAAGGUUUCCCAUUUCAGCUUCAUUCUUCUGGUUUGAAAGUGCGGUUUGGAAUAAGCACAAAGUUUGUUGAUAGUGCUGGACGGCCACGGUUGAACUUUGUGGUUGAUCCAUCACCAAGUUUAUGCAAUGUUCUUGAAGCAUGUGACACUGUUGCACGUAAGUUAUCCGCAGAAUCUGGUAGCAGCUCUGAUUGGAGACCAGUUGUUACCAGGAAAGAGGGCUUCUACAACUAUCCUACCAUCAGAUUGCAUAUACCUACAGCAGUAUGCGAAGAGAUUGCCAUUUAUGCAACAGAAAUAUAUCAAAAAGAAUCAUCUGGAUCUGUGCAAAGACUUCUCUUCAGCAAGUUCGAUGCUGAAGAGCUUGGUGCCAUGUUCAAGCCUGGGACAUUUGUUGAUGCAGUCUUCUCCUUAGAUCUGUAUGACUAUCAUCAGAGUGCGGGGAUUAAAUUAGUUGCCAAGAAAUUGAUCAUUCAUUGCAAGUAG